AUGUACGGACAGCCGCUUCCGCCAGCGAGCCAUGCAGAUGUAUAUGGUCAACCGCCUCAGCAGCAGGCUUAUUUGCCGAGCCCUGAAAGCGCACCAGAUCCGUCCCGAGCUCAUUAUACCUGGAGUCCAUCUGCUGCCUCCUACGAGGAGGCUGGCCGUAACUCGCUGAAUGGCAAGAAGACGCCUUUCACUGAGCCUCACAAACCUAUCCUUCCUCCGCUACGGCCUGACUUAGCAUCACGCUUCGAACAGCCAGACAUCCUCCCUGUGGCUGAUGCUAGCGCGGAUAAUUUCUCCGGCUUCCGGCUCUCCGCACCACCUCACACCCCAUCAACCCCAACCCCGCCGUACGAAGCACCCGGCGCCGCACGCCACGACAUGAGCGAUGCACCGCUGCCGCUCAACCCCUCGCACGAAACGCUGAACGUGGACGAGCCCUCGGACCUCUUCGCCGUGCCCGCCCUCCCCUCGCGCAGGCCCGGCAAGCGGCCAGUUACGAGCGACACCGACGCCGACGCCGAUCGCGCCUCGUCCUCGAAGCGCUCGCGCCAGUCGCAGAACAGCAGCAACUUCGGGUCCAAGGUCAAGGAGCGGCUCACGGCCCUGUAUGGCGAGCAGUGCUGGCAUUGUGCGGGCCUGCUCCCGCAGAUGUCGCACGUCUUCACGAAGGCCGACGGAGAAUUCGCCGCCUGCCAGCGUCUCGGCCUCGUCGCCCUAGGCGCGCGCAGCGACAGCGACAAUGCCCUCUCGCUCUGCUCCUCCUGCCACUACGCCUUCGACAACAGCCCACUGUUCAUCAUCACGCCGUUCGACCUCGACUUCUUCCUUGACCGGGAGCAGCGCUGGCAGGCCGAAUACGCCCGCUCCCCGUGCGCGCGCAUCCCGCCCACCGCCGCCGACUACGCCGACCACUGCUUCCGGCGCCACAGCAGCCACUACACACAGACGGGCGGCAAUGCACGGGUUGGCGGGCUGUACAACUGCUACAUGGCCACGUACUUCCUAGCUACGUGGGGCGCGCAGUCCGUCCAGGAGCCGCUGCUCCACGUGCGGCAGUGGCACGGCGACCCGCUGGCCAUUAUAUGGCGGGCGAGGAAGGCCAUCCACGAGCAGGCGGCAAUGCCACCGCAUCUGGUCGCGGUGAAGCUCAAGCUGAUGCAGCUGGAGAUGAGCUACGACGUCGGCAACGAGCUCCUGCGCGCGGGUCCGCCGUACCUUGCUUCUGGUGUUACACUUUCCAGUCGCCCCAGCGAUGACGACGACGAACAAGACCCGUCAAAUCCUUCGAACCGUACGCCUCUACCCUCGUUCGAUGCUUCCCGACCCAGCCCAAGCGCACAACCAACACCGACUGCAUCGUCCAGCAUACCUCACGCGGCCUCACACCACCAGAACGCGAGUCAGCCGCACGACGACGUGACUAAACUCUCUGCCCUAGCUCAGAGCACUCAGAAAAGGCCCCUCGACAAUCCUCACCUUCUCAAACCUGUCGGCGCGAACUCCUCGCGAAAGCGUCAGAAGCGCACAGAUUCCCCGCUCUCAGAAGCCGCAGCAGAGAAGACGAAACCUCCCACACCCUCGAAGACGAUACUGUGGCAAUACGGCCCGCACCAAUCGACCAACAGCGCUGUACAACGGUGGAAAAGACUGCGAGGUCUAGGCGAUGCAGAACGGAACAUGAAGGAUAACGGAGAGCAGAAGGAUACGCGUCGUAUCGAGGCGCUUAUGCCGUACUGA